UCAGAGCGCCGAGCUGGCGGCCGGGGCUGCAGCCUGUUGCUCGCCAAGCUUCAGAGAGACCGCCCGCCCGCGCCUCCAGAUGCGUGGCUGCGGCGCGCGCUCGGAGCAGGCAGCCGCUGGGAGCCGCGCAGCGAGCGCACAGCCAGUCACGGGCCGCCCUCGCGCCUCUGUCCGCGCGCGCCGUCCCCCCGCCGCGCUCUCGUGUCUCCCUCCGCGCCAGCGGUGCUGGAAAAGCCCUGGCAGGAAGACGGAGUUCACUAGAGAUGGAGGGGAAGGCUGCAUUUACAACAGGCCGGCUCGGCAGCUCACUCCAAAAUUGAACAGUGGGUAGGAGGAGGGGGGCAUUUCGGACAAGCAGACGCCAAAAAAAAAAAGGUGGCAGUGUGACAGCGAGUGGGCGGCCACCGGCAUGUGACAGCCGGGGGUUGACUUAAAGAUGACUCUGCUCACGGGAGAUGGUUCAGACUAUGACUACAGCGCUCUGAGCUGCACGUCCGACACCUCCCUGAAUCCCCCUCCCCCGCUCCAGGAGAGGGAGGCCCUCAAGGGGACCUUCUACAAGCGGGCCCAGCACCUCCCCCUGGGGAGGCCGCUGAGCGAGGCCCCGUUGCCCGGCGCCCGCAAACUCCACGCCAUCAUCAACGUGGGCGGCCUGCGCUACCAGCUGCCCUGGACCACGCUGGAGGACUUCCCGCUGACGCGCCUGGGCCAGCUGCGCUCCUGCAGCAACUUCGACGAGAUCAUGCGCGUGUGCGACGACUACGACGUCGCCCGCAACGAGUUCUUCUUCGACCGCAACCCGUGUGCCUUCCGCACCAUCCUCACGUUCCUGCGGGCGGGGAAGCUGCGUGCCCUGCGAGAGACCUGCGCCCUGUCCUUCCGCGACGAGCUGCUGUACUGGGGCAUCCCCGAGGACUGCCUGGAAUGGUGCUGCCGCCGCCGCUACCUGCAGCGCAUCGAGGAGUGCGAGGAGCUCGACCAGGCCGAGGAGGAAGAGCUGCUGGAGGCCGAGGGCGGGCUGCGAGAGCCCCGGGCCCCGCGCUCGUGGCGCGGCCUCUGCAUGGGACACCUCAGGGACAUGGUGGAGAGGCCCCACUCGGGCCUGCCCGGAAAGAUCUUCGCCUGCCUCUCUGUGCUCUUCGUCACCGUGACGGCCGUCAACCUGUCCAUCAGCACCAUGCCGGCCAUGCGAGCCGAGGAGGAGGCGGGCAAGUGCUCUCAGAUGUGCUACAACAUCUUCAUCGUGGAGACGGUGUGCGUGGCCUGGUUCUCGCUCGAGUUCACCCUGCGCUUCAUCCAGGACCGCAGCAAGCUGGCCUUCCUCCGGCGGCCCCUGAACCUCAUCGACGUGGUGGCCAUCCUGCCCUAUUACAUCACCCUGGUGGUGGACGGCACGUCCAAGGGCGAGAGGCGCCUGGGCUCCGGCAGCAACUACCUGGACAAGGUGGGCCUGGUGCUGCGGGUGCUCCGGGCGCUGCGCAUCCUGUACGUGAUGCGGCUGGCGCGGCACUCUCUCGGCCUGCAGACGCUGGGGCUGACGGCGCGCCGCUGCACGCGGGAGUUUGGCCUCCUGCUGCUCUUCCUCUGCGUGGCCAUCGCCCUCUUCUCGCCGCUGCUCUACCUGAUCGAGAGCGAGGCGGCCGGCGCCCGCGAGUUCAGCAGCAUCCCGGCCACGUACUGGUGGGCUGUCAUCACCAUGACGACGGUGGGCUACGGCGACAUGGUGCCGCGCAGCGUGCCCGGCCAGGUGGUGGCGCUCAGCAGCAUCCUGAGCGGCAUCCUGCUCAUGGCUUUCCCCGUCACCUCCAUCUUCCACACGUUCUCGCGCUCCUACGUGGAGCUCAAGCAGGAGCAGCAGCGGCUCCUGCAGCGACGGACGCACUUCCUGCUGCGCAGCCGCAUGGCGGGCAUCAGCAGCCUGUCGCUGGAGAGCGACGCCCUCUUCCCCAGCGGCACGUCCUCCUCCGAGCCCCAGAACACGGAGGACUGAGUGGCGCGGCCCAGCGGCGCCUCCCUGGUAGCUUCCUUCCCCUCGCAGCUCAUCUGUUGGUCGACACGUGUUGGUCUUCUCUCCCCCCAGAGCUCCCGCGUCCCGCACCUUCGGCCUCGUGCCGUAACGCCGAACGCGGGACAGUGCAGCUGCGACGUUGUCUCGUGUCAUACUCCAAACUGCGCACAUCACGCGCCCAAGUACGAUAUAUGACCCAUCCUCGGCGAUGCCCCACGUAACACAGAUUGGUCAAUGAAGUGUUAUUAGACUCUUCUGUAGGAUCAUAUAUCCGGUUAUCCCAGGUUAGCUCACGCACGUGUGAAAAACAUCCCUGUAAGUUAUGUAACUAAUGCAAAACAUCCUCUUCUUCCUCUUCUUGCUGCCAUUAAUGCACUGGAUUUAUUUUUUUGUUUCUUUUUUUUUUUUUUUCUCAUCGUGCUGUAGAACACCAGUAAAUGUACUCCUGGUCUGUUUGGACUUGGAUCCAUAUUUAAGGUGUUAUGAAGCAGUGUGAUUGGUGAGGUACGCAUGUUGUGGUCCCCAAGGGUCGUCCUGUCCAGCCCUGCCCAAAGAAAUGAAAAACCCCCCAAAAAAUGGUUCGUAAAGUUCUUGCCUGUGCUCAAAAAAGGUAUUUUGCAUUUUAAACGGAAGCUAUAAUGAUGUGCAGGAUGAACGCUUUAUAUUACUCUGAAUAUAUGAAAGUUACACAGCCUAUAAAUGAAUCUGUGUCAUUAUUUUAUAUAAAAUAGCCAACCUGCCCUUGUAUCAUUCGGAGUGGAGUUACAAUAAAUCUUCAUAUGUUCACUAUGAUAUAAGUAUUAUUACCUACUGUGAAUAUGAAUGAAUGAAUGAA